CUCGGCGCUGCUGGUAGUCGGGUGAGGAGACAGAGGUCUGCGCGGCUCUCGGACUCGUGGCUGUGGCCGCUAUGGCUCCGGGAUGCAAAACUGACUUACGCAGUGUGGUGACUUCUCAGUCUAACCAACCAAGUAACGAGGGCGAUGCCAUCAGAGUUUUCAUACGAGUCCGCCCGCCUGCAGAGGGCUUGCGAUCAGGAUCAGCAGAUGGAGAGCAAAACCUGUGCCUCUCCGUGCUCUCCUCCACCACCCUCCGCCUGCAUUCUAACCCAGAGCCCAAGACCUUCACGUUUGAUUAUGUAGCUGACAUGGACACCACUCAGGAGUCUGUAUUCUCGACAGUGGCGAAGAGCAUCGUGGAGUCCUGCAUGAGCGGCUAUAACGGCACCAUCUUUGCCUAUGGACAGACUGGCUCAGGGAAGACAUUUACCAUGAUGGGACCAUCUGAAUCUGAUAAUUUUUCUCAUAAUUUGAGAGGAGUAAUCCCACGAAGUUUUGAGUACUUGUUUUCCUUAAUUGAUCGUGAAAGAGAGAAGGCCGGCGUGGGAAAGAGCUUCCUGUGCAAGUGCUCCUUCAUCGAGAUCUACAACGAGCAGAUCUAUGACCUGCUGGACUCCGCAUCAGCGGGGCUGUACCUCCGGGAACACAUCAAGAAGGGGGUCUUUGUCGUGGGUGCGGUGGAGCAGGUGGUCACCUCAGCCGCCGAGGCCUAUCAGGUGUUGUCUGGAGGGUGGAGGAACAGGCGUGUGGCAUCCACGUCCAUGAACAGGGAGUCCUCCAGGUCUCAUGCUGUCUUCACAGUCACAGUAGAGUCCAUGCAGAAAAGCAAUGAGACUGUGAAUAUCCGGACCUCCCAACUCAACCUGGUGGACUUAGCGGGAUCCGAAAGGCAAAAAGACACCCAUGCAGAGGGGGUGAGGCUGAAGGAAGCAGGUAACAUCAACCGGUCAUUGAGCUGCCUGGGACAAGUCAUCACUGCGCUGGUUGAUGUGGGCAAUGGGAAACAGAGACAUGUCUGCUACAGAGACUCCAAGCUUACCUUCUUACUACGGGACUCUCUUGGUGGUAACGCCAAAACAGCCAUUAUUGCAAAUGUCCAUCCUGGAUCCAGGUGUUUUGGAGAAACAUUAUCAACGCUUAAUUUUGCUCAAAGAGCCAAACUGAUUAAAAACAAGGCGGUGGUGAAUGAAGAUACCCAGGGGAACGUGAGCCAGCUGCAAGCUGAAGUGAAGCGGCUCCGAGAGCAGCUGGCCCAGCUUGCUGCUGUGCAGAGCCCCCAGGAUGGCUUCCCGCCCGGAGAGAACAGUAAAUACAAGGAGUGUUUCCUGGAGGCGAUGUUACACUUUAAGAAAUCCAAACAGGAAAAGAAGUCUCUGGUAGAAAAAAUUACGCAAUUAGAAGACCUCAUCCUCAAAAAGGAAAAGUUUAUUCAGUCCUAUAAAAUGAUUGUGAAGCUGCGAGAGGCUUACAUCGUGCGCCUGGAGAAGCUCCUCAAGGAGCCCCCGGGCAGCUUCCUGGCUGAGGAGCAGGACCGCCUGCUGUCCGAGCUGAGGGCUGAGAUCCAGGGGCUGCGGGAGCAGAUCGAGCACCACCCCAGAGUUGCAAAGUAUGCCAUGGAAAACCACUCCCUCAGGGAGGAAAACAGAAGACUGAGGUUGUUAGAACCUGUGAAGAGAGCCCAUGAAAUGGAUGCUCAGACCAUUGCCAAGCUAGAAGAAGCUUUCUCUGAAGCAUCUGACACAGACAGAAACGAUAACGAUUGUCUGGAACUUUCUCCCAAAGCUCUGAGGGAACCAAGUUCAUUCACAAAUGUUGAGAAGUUAAAAGCGCAGCUGCUGCAAGUUCAGACAGAGCUGAAUAACUCAAAGCAAGAAUGUGAAGAAUUCAAAGAGCUAACCCGGAAGAAGCAGCUAGAAUCGGAAUCAGAGAUUCAGUCUUUGCGAAAAGCAAACCUUAAUCUUGAAAACCUUUUAGAAGCAACAAAAGCGUGCAAGCGGCAAGAGGUUUCUCAACUGAAUAAAAUUCAUGCUGAAACACUUAAGAUUAUAACUACGCCAACCAAGGCUUAUCAACUUCGUUCUCGAUUAGUACCAAAAUUAAGUCCUGAAGUAGGUUCUGCCCGCACUCCGAAUUGCAGCGGAUUAGAUCAUGAUAUAUUAAGUGAGCCGGUGCCCCCCGAGAUGAGUGAGCAGGCUUUCGAGGCCAUUGCUGAAGAGCUCAGAGCCGUGCAGGAACAAAUGAGUGCUCUUCAGGUCAAAUUGGAUGAAGAAAAUCAUAAAAAUGUAAAACUUAAGCAGCAUGUUGACAAACUGGAGCACCAUUCUACGCAGAUGCAGGAGGUGAGCGCGGGAGGGUGGCUCCGACUAAAACAGAUGCUGAGAGUCAGAGCAUCACGGGACCAACGUGUCCUCCCAGGGCCUCCGUUGCCAGACUUCGCAUUCUGCUCUGUUCUGAAAAGUGAGGUGCGUGAUCUGCGACUGGUUCUUCACUCUGCUGACAAGGAGCUGUCUGCAGUGAAACUGGAGUACGGGGCCUUCCGAGACAGUCAGGAGAGAGAGCUGGGCCAGCUGUCGGAGCGGCACCUGCACGCACAGCUGCAGCUGGACAGCGUCAGAUUAGAAAAUGAAAAACUCCUCAAGAGCCAAGCCUGCCUGCAGGACUCCUACGACAACUUACAAGAAGUAAUGAAGUUUGAGGUUGACCAACUUUCAAAAAGCCUCCAAAACUACAAGAAAGAAAGUGAAACUGUGACGUGUGAGCUGAGUCGUUUAAUGGAGCUUUAUGAAGCAGAAAAAGAACGCAACGACAGAUUGUCAUUACAGUUUGAAGAAGACAAAGAAAACAGUUCUAAAGAAAUCUUAAAAGUUCUUGAGGCCGCUCAUCAGGAGAAACAGAGAGAGAUGGCCAAGUUUGAGCAUCAGGUGGCAGAAAUACAGAAACUAGAAGAAAGCUUGCUUGCUGCUGAAAAAGUGACCAGUUCUUUGGAAAAAUGUAGAGAUGCUGACAAGGAAGCUAUAGCUGACCUCACAGACCAGAUCCAGGAGCUCAGAGCAUCGGUGUGCGACAAAGCAGAGACCAUCAGCACCCUCAGGGAAGAGCUGGAGGACAUGAGUUGCAAAUACAACUCUGCUUUGGCUACCACAGAAGAAAGCCAAGGGUUGAUCCAGAGGCAGGAGGUGGAAAUUCUGGAGCUGAAAGAAACCCUUCGGCUGAGAAAACUGUCUGACGACAUCGAGAGAGACAUGCUCUGUGAGGAUCUGGCUCAUGCCACCGAGCAGCUGAACAUGCUCACAGAGGCCUCCUCCAAGCACUCAGGGCUGCUGCAGUCCGCGCAGGAGGAGCUGGCCAGGAAGGAGGCCCUGAUCCAGGAACUUCAGCACGAGCUAACCCAAAAGAAAGAGGAAGUGGAACAGAAGAAGAACGCAUAUAAUUUCAAAAUGAGGGAGCUCGAACAUGUGAUGAGUUCGGCUGCUGAGUACCCCCAGAGCCCUAAAACACCGCCUCACUUUCAAACACAUUUGGCCAAACUGCUAGAAACGCAAGAGCAAGAGAUAGAAGAUGGGAGAGCCUCGAAGACUUUCUUGCAACAGCUUGUAACAAAGCUAAAUGAAGACAGAGAAGUCAAAAAUGCUGAAAUCCUCAGAAUGAAGGAGCACUUGUGUGAGAUGGAAAAACUGCGCCUGGAAAACCAGCAGCUAAAAGAGAAAACCUGGCUUCUGCAAGGGCAGCUAGAUGACAGUGAAAGACGGAAGGACAGCAGGUUUCUCUCUUUUAAAAUUUUACAGAGUAAAAUAGCAGAAGAAUUGCAGAAACUGAAAACAGAUCUGAGAGAAGUCCAGAGUGCUCUUCAUAGCAGAGAGGAGGACUGCCUCAGAAUGGCUGAGGAAGUCGCACGCACGCAAACAUUGGAGGCCAAAGCAUUCCAGGAAAAGGAGCAACUGAGAUCAAAACUGGAAGAGAUGUAUGAAGAAAGAGAGAGAAACUUCCAGGAAAUGGAGAUGUUGAAGGGGCAGGUGGAGUUCCUCACAGAGGAAAACGGCAAGCUAGCAGGACAUCAGAACCUGCAGCAGAAGAUCCACUAUGUGAUCCGCCUGAAGAAGGAGAUGGAAAAGUUGCGUGCUGAAAAUGUAGUUUUAAAAGAAAAGAAAAAGCCUGAAUCAUAAGGGUCGUGGCCCCCUCUGCAGGCGUCACCUUGUCUGGAGAUGCUCUUUUCUCCAUCUCUCUCAGAAGACAGACCUCUCUUGCUGACUUGGGAGAGUGAAGUUGCGUCCUGAACAGUGAGUGAGCUGCGUGCUGUGUCACAGCCCGGCAGCGAGCUGCGCUGCUGGCGCUGCUGUCCCACACCCAGGCUGCAGAUCAGUCGCACAUGCAGGCAAAUCUUCUCUGGUAAAAUUAAAGGCCUGCAGCUUAGGUCUGUGGUAGGUGUUGCUCAGGUCUGUGUCUCCUCACAUAAUCCCCUUUGAUUCUCGUGCUGCUGGCGGCAGGCGAGGGCUGCAGAGCGUGGGAGCAGGUGAGGGCUGGGCUCACGGUGCGCUUAUGAACGUGAGCAUUCUUGUCCUCUUACUCUGUGUUCUCUGGCGGCGCGGGGAUCCCUCUGGGGCCGUGCACGCAGCGGGCAGCGCUUACCUCGGGGCUGCGCCCACGCCUUGUUUUUGUAUGAAGUAUUUCUGUGAGCGUUUUCUACAGCUGUAAAUAUGGCCAUUUUUUCAAAUAAAAUCUUUGUUAAAUAAUAGAGGGCUUUACAUUGGUUCAUCCCUUGUUCACUCCAUGUGUCACUGGGCUGGGUUGGGGUCCCAGCCCACAGCCGAAGCGCAAAGUCUGUCCCACCCUUGUGCAAAACAAGUUUGCAGGUCUGCCGACUCCCAGGAAUUUCUAGGACAGGUCAGUAAGAGGCACAAGGAAGACUGAUUAGGA